AUGGAAAAACAAGUGAAGCAAAACUUUGAGAAAGUGACGCAGAAAAUACAGGAUGGCUCUGCAUCUGAUAUCGACUCUGAAAUAGUAUUGCGGCGUCAAGACUCGACCACCUCAGUUUCUACAAUAGCUACUUCGAUAACUUCAAUCUCUGUAUCUUCAUUAUACGACCUGUAUGAUAGACAUGAUCAACCAGUAAUCCAAGAGACUGCCGAAACCACUCAAGAGUCACUUGUCGACAGUGACCAUCCAUUUGUAAAUGAGGGCGAUUUGGCACCCGAAAUAAUCCAAGAAAUCCUCUCCUACCUAAUCAUACUAGAUCCGAACUGUCACGACUACCACUACUCCCCACGCGUAUACAAAUAUCUAUAUUCAUGUCUGCUAGUCAAUCGACUGUGGUGCCGGAGUACUGUUCCUCUGCUCUGGCGUCAACCGCUAAUAAAUAAUCCAUACUCGCGCGCAAAAGUGUUGCAAGUAUACUACUCGUGUCUAGACAACCACCAGAAACAACAGUUACAAUUCCAGGAACCUGAGAUACCCUUUGUAGACGCUCCCCUUCCAUUAUUUAACUACCCCUCCUUCUUAAGAUUUUUGGAUUACGACAAAUUAUUUCGAACCAUGGAAGCGUUAUGUAAAACAAUGUCAAGGAAAUGCUUUCAUAAUAUGCUCAAUGCAAUAUUACAGCUCAUUUCAAACAACACACCAAAAGUGAAUGGGUUUAGGUUCAUUGUCUGUAGAAACAAUUUUUGGAAACCACAAGAUAAUGAGAUGCUCAAGGCCGAUGGCAUAACCCAAAUGAUGAAAAGACUCAGAACAAUCGACAUAGGAGGAGAUAUAGGAUACGAACGACAAAAGCAUCUGUUGGAAUACUUGGCUGAACAUUGUAGAAUGCUGGAAUCUAUACGCGUGGGAGGAGGCCCACUGCUGAGACCCAAAACGCUUACUCAAUUUUCAUAUUCGAUAACCACGUCUACCACAUAUCCUGAAGAAAACGUAAUAUCAAACCUCAUACUAUCCCAAACGAAUCUCCAAUCUUUCGAACUUAGAGACAUUAAAUGGACAGGUCAAUCCAUUCGCCAUGCCCUCACUGCCGUAAUUUCGGCCGUCGGCACCCGAAAAACAUCUUUACGCCACCUUCAUUUCCACAGUGUCAAUUUCGAUCAAUGUUGCUCGUGGCAGGCUAUAAGUGCAUGCGAGAAUCUAGAGAGCAUAGAAUUAAUCGACUGCUCUGGCAUAACAACAGACAUGGUGCGUCCGUUGAUAGAGGGACGUUUGGAAAAGUUAAGAAAGGUGGUGAUCACACUCGAGGAUAAAGAUCGAGAAGAGCUAACGGACGAUAAAAAAGAAUUGUGGAAGUGGGUUGAUGGUGUCAAUGGGAGGAGUGGAGACGUACGCAAAACGGUAAAGCGUCCGAAAGGCUUAUUAGAAAGGUGGAGGAUUGACUGGUAA